AUGGCCAAAACGGGAUCAGACAGGAGUUUUGACCUGCACCACUAUUCUUUCGACGGACCUAGCGAAGCUCCAGGAGACUACCAAUUAACCACAUCAUUUCGUGGCAGGCGGAGACACAGCACCCGGGAUGAAACGCGUUCCUACCGACCUACGCGACGGCACAGCUCCGAUAACGAAUCAUCUGAGCAGGUAUCACCUCCGCCCCAGUCACCUCAAACGCCAACAAUACGGCCGCCGCUACGACAAAGAAGCCUAAGAUGGCAACUCUCGGACGCCAUUGCAAUAGCAUCCAGACGACCUACUGAUGGUAGCUCUUCGCACUCUCCACCGCUCCCCUCUUCAGACAUCUCCUGGGACGAAUAUAUUUCGGAUGACACCGUCAGCAAUUAUCGAAACAUCGGGGCUCAAUAUCAAGCAUGGAUAGCCGGCCGAAACACAACAGCAUGUCCAAUCCGAAGAUCAAGAGUCACCUGGGAAGAUCUAGUCAACCACCCACUCCAAGACCAGAGUUUCGAGGUUUAUCUAAAUGAUUUUAGGUCAACGCCCGAGGAAGCGGGCAGCAUCCAAUCCACUGGGCUCUCGACAGGAGACGAUUGGCGUUAUGUUUUUUUGAGGCGUUAUGAUGGUGACCAACAGGGCUGGAGUGUUUACCAGCACCAUACCGGACUCGGGGCUAUCUUCGUUGACAAUAUUACAAGAAGGACUGGGCCUUAUUGGUCUCAAGUGGCUCAAGCACAGUACCAACUUGAUAAUCAUAUCGACACGCUCCGGCACGUUUACUUUCUCAACGUUCAGAAUCUCUUCACCUGGCCAUACGUGGAAAUACAUCUAUACCCUCGUCAUGGCUUACACUGGUUUGAUGACCCUGAACCCCAGUGCUGGACAUAUGGUACUAGAGAGUAUCAGGAACUUCUGGGUACGAAGCUGGGAAGGGGUGUCGCCCGUCUGGUUCUGGGGGCUUGGCCAAGACGCACGCACCGCAUUGACGCCAUUCAUACAUGGACUAUUAUGGGAAACCUACAAAUGAGGUUCGAUAUCGAGCCAAUUUGA